UUAUAAACACAGCUGGACAAUUUCUGGCGUGUAUGUAUGUGCAUAGCGGUAGCCUUUUCUCAAAAAUCAAAUCAAAUCCAUCGUCCCCGCAUAUCCACGCCUCUUUCUGCUUUCGUACACCUCCAGAUAAAUAGACCCCCCCCCCCCCCCCCCACAUACUUUUUCGGUGUUUCCUCUGGAAAUAUCUAGGGUUUUUGUUGCUUCUCAAGGAAAAAAAUGGGGCAACAAUCGUUGAUCUACAGCUUUGUUGCGCGAGGAACAGUUAUUCUCGCUGAGUAUACUGAAUUCACUGGAAAUUUCACAAGUAUUGCAUCCCAGUGCCUACAGAAACUUCCUGCUUCAAAUAACAAGUUUACUUAUAACUGUGAUGGACAUACUUUUAACUACCUCGUUGAUGACGGCUUCACAUACUGUGUUGUAGCUGUGGAUACUGUUGGUAGACAGGUCCCAAUUGCAUUUCUGGAGAGAGUUAAGGAUGAUUUUACCAAGAAAUAUGGUGGAGGCAAAGCUGCUACAGCUGUUGCUAACAGCUUGAACAAGGAGUUUGGGCCCAAAAUGAAGGAGCAGAUGCAGUACUGUGUUGAUCAUCCAGAGGAAAUCAGCAAGCUUGCAAAGGUGAAGGCCCAGGUUUCAGAAGUUAAAGGUGUGAUGAUGGAAAAUAUUGAGAAGGUCCUGGAUCGCGGGGAGAAAAUUGAACUUUUGGUGGAUAAAACUGAGAAUCUUCGCUCACAGGCACAAGAUUUCAGGACAACAGGAACAAAAGUGAGGAGGAAGAUGUGGUUGCAGAACAUGAAGAUAAAGCUUAUAGUCCUCGGCAUCAUUGUUGCCUUGAUUCUGGUCAUAAUUCUUUCAAUAUGUCAUGGCUUCAAAUGUCACUAAUUGGGUCCUUUUUUUUUUUUUUUUUUUUAAAUCACGCUGGUUAUUGAACUAAAAUUCUUAAUAUUUCUAGCAGUAGAAUGCCCGUUCCUUGUAAUUCUAUUUUUUUUUUUUUUUUGGGUGAUACAUUUUGCUCUAUGCUGUGGUGGUGUGAUGAGCAGUGCCUGUCAUAGCUUGUCAUGAUGCUGAGAACUGACUAUACUGCUAAAAGCUUCUCCUUGGGAGCUCAUUAGGUCAUGCAAUUCUUCACGUGAAUUAAACUUUGCGAGAUUCAGAAAUUGAAGGUCCCAGUGGAAAUAGUACAUAUUUUGCAUUUUUUGUCCU